AAAAAAGAAAAGAAAAAGAGAGAAAAAAAAAACAAGAGCAGUGACAGAGAGACGACUCAGGGGGACAGAGGAAGGCUUUAUUUAAAAAACCCUGCCAUGGCGUUUAAGUACCCGGCUGCCCGAAGAGACGAGAGUAAGGUGGAUGAUUACCACGGAACUAAGAUCUGUGAUCCCUACACAUGGCUGGAAGACCCCGAUAGUGCGGAAACAAUGGCCUUUGUUGAGGAGCAGAACAAAGUAACCAUGCCGUACCUGGAGCAGUGUGCUGUCCGGGCUCAGUUCCACCAGCGCCUCACUGAGCUCUAUGACUACCCCAAAUACAGCUGCCCUUACAAGCGAGGAAAGAGGUAUUUUUACUUUCACAACAAAGGCCUCCAGAACCAGGAUGUGCUGUAUGUGCAGGACUCUCUGGAUACACCUGCCACCGUCUUCUUUGACCCGAAUACACUCUCUGAAGAUGGCACUGUGGCACUGAAGAUGGGCCGUUUAUCGGAGGAGUGCGAGUAUUUUGCUUAUGGUUUGAGUAGCAGCGGCUCGGACUGGGUAACAGUGCGUUUCAUGAAGGCGGAUGACCUCACCCCACUGCCUGAUGUACUGGAGAGGGUUAAAUUCAGCUGUCUGGCCUGGACUCACGAUGCGAAGGGCAUCUUUUACAACUGCUACCCACGCCAGGAAGGCAAAACAGACGGCACAGAAACCACCUGCAACAUCAAUCAGAAGCUCUACUACCAUGUCAUUGGCACCAAACAGUCAGAAGACAUUCUGGUUGCAGAGUUCUCUGACCACCCAAAGUGGCACAGUUCAGUAACCAUAUCGGACGAUGGCAGAUAUGCCGUGUUGUCCAUCACUGAAGGCUGUGAGCCUGUCAACCAGCUGUGGUACUGUGACCUUCAGCAGCUCCCCAAUGGCAUCACGGGGCUGCUACCAUGGGUCAAACUUGUGGACAACUUUGACGCCCAGUACUCUUAUGUCACCAAUGAGGGAAUGGUAUUCACCUUCCGCUCCAACUUGGAUGCUCCUCGAUACUGCCUCAUCAACAUAGACAUCCAGAAACCAGACAGGCAGCACUGGACUACCCUAUUACCGGAGCACAACAAGGACGUCCUGGGCUUUGUCUCCUGCGUGAACCAGCACUACCUGCUGGUCAACUACGUCCAUGACGUGAAGGACAUCCUGCAGGUGUACGAGCUGUCCACAGGGCGGCUGGUCCGGGACCUGCCGCUGGACGUUGGCACAGUGGCCAGUGUGAGCUGCAAGAAGAAACACUCUGACUUCUUCUACAAGUUCACCUCCUUCACUACACCAGGCAUCAUUUACCACUGUGAUCUGAGCGAGUCCAACCCAGAGCCUAAAGUGUUCAGGGAGGUGGAGGUAAAAGGCAUCAAGCAAGAGGACUAUCAGACCAGCCAGGUAUUUUAUCCCAGUAAAGAUGGAACCAAGAUCCCCAUGUUCUUAGUUCACGCCAAGGGCCUGAAGAGAGAUGGAAGUCAUCCUGUUUUCCUUUAUGGGUACGGAGGCUUUGAGGCUUCCAUACAACCAUACUACAAUGUUGCUUACCUGCUGUAUGUGAGACACCUGGGAGGGAUUCUGGCAGUGGCCAACAUCAGAGGGGGCGGGGAGUACGGCCUCACCUGGCACAAAGCUGGUACUUUAGGGAACAAGCAGAAUUGUUUCGAUGACUUCCAGUGUGCAGCAGAGUAUCUGAUCCAGGAAGAGUACACCACAGCCAGCCGCAUCGCUAUCAACGGAGCCUCUAACGGAGGCCUGCUCGUGGCGGCAUGCGUCAACCAGCGUCCAGACCUGUAUGGCUGUGCUGUGGCGGAGGUGGGGGUGAUGGAUAUGCUGAAGUUCCACAAAUUCACCAUUGGCCACGCCUGGACCACUGACUACGGCUGUUCGGACGAGCCGGACCAGUUCAAGUGGCUCAUCAGGUAUUCGCCUCUCCAUAAUCUGCCGCAGCCCCCUUACUCUGGCCCUCCCUACCCUGCUGUCCUGCUUCUGACGGCGGAUCACGACGAUCGCGUGGUGCCUCUGCACACCCUGAAGUACUGUGCCGCCUUGCAGCACGGGGUGGGCAGCAGCCCCGCGCAGCGACAGCCUUUGAUGGUCAGGGUGGACACCCGCAGUGGGCACGGUGCAGGGAAGCCCACCGCCAAAGCCAUCUUGGAGGACACUCACAUCUUUUCCUUCGUUGCCGAGACCCUGGGGCUCAGCUGGAAGGAGUGAGGGGAACAUGACAGGGAGAGGGAGGUAACCGCUAUGCACAGUGAGGGAGGCUUUUAAAGAGAUGAUGAUUACUUGUUGAACUUCUUUUUUAUUUUUAUUAAAACUAUAGAAAUAAGAACUAACGAGAGAGAAAUGACGUGUUAAAAGUCGAGGAGAAGGGAAGAGUGAGAUCAAAAGAGCGUUAACAGUUAACAGAGAGUUAAGAGUGAAAGAAAAAGGAGGUUUAAAAGAAGGAAAGUCAUAUAAUAAAUAAUAACAAGUAUAGUAUGAUAGAAAAUUUGAGAUAGAGCUGAUCAAAUUGCUUCUUUUGAAACAGCUCUUGACUGUAGCUCACUUUAACCAGUCAAAUGCACUAAAAUAUGACAUUGUUCGAAUGCUUAUUGUAGGACUGAAAUUGCAUUUGAACUUUGUAAAGUUUCAAUAAAAUCUAUUUGUAC